AGAAAUAUCCAGAAUACACUUCCAGCAAGAGCACUGACAAGUUCAGCUGCUUCUGAGGGAUUCUUGAGAAGAUACGAUGUUACACUCAGCUUUGGUCGUCUGUCUCUUACUCAUCACGGUUUCUUCUAACCUUGCCAUCGCAAUCAAAAAGGGAAAAAGACCUCCUCAGACACUCUCAAGAGGAUGGGGAGAUGACAUCACUUGGAUGCAGACCUAUGAGGAAGGUCUCUUUCAUAUUCAAAAAAGUAACAAGCCACUGAUGGUUAUUCAUCACUUGGAGGACUGUCAAUACUGCCAAGCACUAAAAAAAGUGUUUGCCCAAAAUAAAGAAAUACAAGAAAUGGCUCAGAAUAAUUUCAUCAUGCUGAAUCUCAUGCAUGAAACCACUGAUAAGAAUUUAUCACCUGAUGGACAAUAUGUGCCUAGAAUCAUGUUUGUGGAUCCUUCUUUAACAGUCAGAGCUGAUAUAACUGGAAGAUACUCAAACAGAUUAUAUACAUAUGAACCUCAGGACUUACCGCUAUUGAUAGAAAACAUGAAGAAAGCAUUAAAACUUAUUCAAUCCGAGUUAUAA